CGAAGAGUUUCUCCGUGAUCAUCCGGGGCUGGGGCCGUACGUUCUCUCCGACGUCCAGCUCACUGGCACCGAAAUCGGCGGUGGGGCUUACGGCAAAGUGGAGGAGGUGGUAGUUUCUGUGGGCGCCGCCGCCAAAACAAUCUACGCCUUCUUGCGAGAAGCCAAGGCCGGGACCCAGUUCGUGAGGGAAUGUCAGCUUAUGAGUACCCUCCGCCACCCGAACAUCGUCCUGUUUCUGGGCGUCGCUUUCUUUCCCGGCUCGCGACUGCCAGCCCUCGUCAUGGAGCGACUGCUGACGAGUCUUCACGAUUUGCUUGCUCCAGACACGCUUCCUCCGUCCGGCGCCGUCACACCGCUAUCUUUCUUCUCCAUGGCUCUCAAGUGCUCCGUACUGCACAACGUAGCGUGUGGCCUGGCCUACCUACACGAGCGAUCGCCGCCAGUCAUCCACCGCGACUUGUCGGCCAGAAACGUUCUCCUGGACUCGGAGAUGGUGGCCAAGAUAGCGGACCUGGGCGUGGCUCGUAUCGUUCAUAGUGUGACAGCUGCAGCCACCAUGUCAAACGGGCCUGGGGCCUUAGUCUACAUGCCUCCAGAGGCUUUUGCACCAACUCAAUCAAAUACCCAAAAGUCGAAAUACAAUGCCAGCAUCGACGUAUUCUCGCUUGGAGUUGUCACCAUUUUCGCAAUCGGUGGAGUCUUCCCCUGUGAUCCUCUAGAGCCCAACUAUCUCAAUGAUGAAACUGGGUUGCUAGUAGCUCGCUCUGAACUACAACGACGCGCCGAAUACAUGCGAUAUGUAAACGAGCAACUCCGUGCCUGUGGCCAGCUCCCGUGGGGACCACCCUCUCAUUCGGCUGAUCCAGCAAUGCCUGCACAACGGCCCUCACAAACGUCCGAGUAUUCGUGAGGUGCUUCAUCUGUUGGAAGAGGCCAGAGCUUGUGUUAGAGAUGAAGGGAGUGAGAGGAACAAACGUGAACUGGUACGAGCUCUUCAGACCCAGCCCAGGAACCAGAAUUUGGAGCGUAUUCUCCGAGACCUGGUGACAGAGAAUGCUCAUCUCCAGUCCCGUGUGCAUUCUAAAGACAGGGAGUUAACUGCAGCACAGCAGCAAUUGAGACAUAAUGAAGAACAUUUGCAAGCAACUGAGAGGGAGAUGCAGACACUCAGACAAGAACUCACAAGAAAAGAAACAGAGUUGACGAGAAAUAAAGCAGAGCUGACAAGAAAGGAAGUUGACUUGGCUGAAACUCGGCAACAGUUGAUACAAAGGGAGACAGAGCUGACAAGAAAGGAGGCAGAGGUGGUGAGGGCAGAGGACUCUAUCAGGAGAGAGCAGCAGCAGAUUCAGGAGAUGAGACAGAGAGAGACUGAGUUAGUGCAGGCCAAGGACAGGGAGAUGCCUCUGCUUCAACAGCAACUGGGGGAAAAGGAGCAGCAGAUUCAGGAGAUGAGACAGAGAGAGACUGAGUUAGUGCCGGCCAAGGACAGGGAGAUGCCUCUGCUUCAGCAGCAACUGGGGGAAAAGGAGCAGCAGAUUCAGGAGAUGAGACAGAGAGAGACUGAGUUAGUGCCGGCCAAGGACAGGGAGAUGCCUCUGCUUCAGCGGCAACUGGGGGAGAAGCACUCUUACACAUGUCAGGUCAGUGGACCUGGUCUAACAUCAGCCACAGUCAACCAACCAACACACGUCCUAGUCCAACUAACUGACUCCAGUGGUAGACCAUACUCACUUCCACUGAAUGUCACGGCACAACUUGAGCUCUUUUCAAAAGCCACACCCACAAAUGCACCUGAAUCCACACCCACUAGUCCACCCGAAACAACAAGUAGAUGGCCGUGGUCUAGAAAACCUCCCUCCCAAUACGAGGUGUUGUACACACCAGUCAGUCGAGGCCAACAAAAACUCCAUGUUCAAGUCAACGACAGAGAAAUCAACGGCAGCCCCUUCACAGUGACCGUGUACCCUGACCCCAGACAACUAGGCCACCCUGUGAGGACUGUGACUGGAUUGGUCAGUCCAUAUGACGUUGCCUUCAACAGUCAUCAGGAGAUGAUUGUCAGUGGUUAUUGGGGUCAUAGAUUGUCUAUCUUUGACAUCAGAGGACAUAAAAUUCGAACACUUGGAUCACGUGGUGACAGUCCAGAUCAGAUGGAAUCCCCUGCAGGCAUAGCAACUGAUGAUGCUGACAAUAUUUAUGUGAGCAGUUGGCACAAGCUGCAGAAGUUCACUAGCAGUGGUGAACUGAUCAAAUGUAUUGGUCAGAGGGGCAGUAAG